CCCCCCUCCUCCCUGCUCGCGCUCCCGGCAGCCCCCGCGCGGCGCGACCGGUCUGUGUCGGUAAGAUGGCGGCCGUGAGUCUGAGGCUCGGAGACCUGGUGUGGGGGAAGCUGGGCCGUUAUCCUCCAUGGCCAGGGAAGAUUGUUAACCCACCUAAAGAUCUGAAGAAACCUCGCGGAAAAAAGUGUUUCUUUGUGAAGUUUUUUGGAACAGAAGAUCAUGCUUGGAUCAAAGUGGAGCAGCUGAAGCCUUAUCACCUUCACAAAGAGGAAAUGAUAAAGAUUAACAAGGGUAAGCGCUUCCAGCAAGCUGUGGAUGCUGUAGAAGAGUUUCUUAGAAAGACCAAAGGCAAGGACCAGGCGUCUUCCCAUAACUCCACUGAAGAGAAGAAUCGGCGUAAUUCCAGUGAAGAAAGAGGCAAGCAAUCUACUGGUGAAGAGAAACGCAAAGGCAGUUUGUCUGAAGGAAAGGUGAAGAAGGGCACAGGGGAAGGAAAAAAGAGGGUCUCUUCUGUCUCGUCAGAGAGAGGAUCAAAGUCACCCUUGAAAAGAGCCCAGGAUCAGAGCCCCCGAAAGCGGGGGCGCCCACCCAAGGAUGAGAAGGACCUCACAAUUCCGGAGUCAAGUACAGUGAAGAGGGUGAUGACUGGAACAGUGGCUGGAUUUAAAUGGCCACCAAGUGUGAGCGAGCCUGUGAAGGACAGUGAUCCACACUUUCAUCACUUCCUGCUAAGCCAGACAGAGAAGCCAGCAGUCUGCUAUCAAGCCAUCACAAAGAAACUGAAGGUUUGUGAAGAGGAGACAGGAUCUACCUCCAUCCAAGCAGCAGACAGUACGGCAGUCAAUGGCAGCAUCACACCUACAGACAAAAAGAUAGGAUUUCUGGGCCUUGGUUUGAUGGGAAGUGGCAUUGUCUCCAACUUGCUGAAGAUGGGUCACACUGUCACCGUCUGGAACCGAACUGCUGAGAAGUGUGAUUUGUUCAUCCAGGAGGGUGCACGGCUGGGAAGAACCCCUGCUGAAGUAGUCUCCACCUGUGACAUCACGUUUGCCUGUGUAUCAGAUCCAAAAGCAGCAAAGGAUCUGGUGCUUGGUCCAAGUGGAGUGUUGCAGGGGAUUCGACCAGGGAAGUGUUAUGUGGAUAUGUCCACCGUGGAUGCAGAUACAGUCACAGAGCUGGCCCAGGUGAUAGUGUCCCGAGGUGGUCGCUUUCUGGAAGCACCGGUCUCAGGAAACCAGCAGCUCUCUAAUGAUGGAAUGCUUGUGAUCCUGGCAGCUGGCGACAGGGGUUUAUAUGAGGAUUGCAGCAGCUGUUUCCAAGCCAUGGGGAAAACCUCUUUUUUCCUAGGUGAAGUAGGCAAUGCUGCCAAGAUGAUGCUGAUUGUGAACAUGGUCCAAGGCAGCUUCAUGGCAACAAUAGCAGAAGGACUGACUUUGGCUCAAGUGACUGGCCAGUCCCAGCAGACCCUUCUGGAUAUCCUCAAUCAGGGACAACUUGCCAGCAUCUUCCUGGACCAGAAGUGCCAAAAUAUCUUGCAAGGAAACUUUAAACCUGAUUUCUACCUGAAAUACAUACAGAAGGAUCUUAGAUUAGCCAUUGCACUGGGCGAUUCUGUCAACCACCCAACUCCCAUGGCAGCUGCUGCCAAUGAGGUCUAUAAACGAGCAAAAGCAUUGGACCAAUCUGACAACGACAUGUCUGCAGUAUACAGGGCCUACAUCCAUUAGGCUGCACCCUUCUUACUGUUCAUAUGAUGAUUAUUAAUAUUAUUAUAAUACUGGGUUUUAACUCUGGACCAGUCCAUCUCUGUCUUUCCAUUUCCUUUUAUACACAAACUUUAAGAUCUGCUGUAGUGAGCCUUCCACUGCGGCAGGAGGGGGGAGGAGGGGGCUCAAAUUGUUGCAGUUUAAUUAGAAAAAUCCAUGCCAUGCACUGACAGUCAUGAGACGGAACAGCGGCAAUUGUUCAGAAGCUCUGAGGCAACUCUGCCAGAAAUCUGCUGCUUGGCUGCUUUAAUUUUCCUCUUUGUUUGCUUGUCCAAGAUGCCGUUUCUAGCAAUCCCUUUUCUCCUUUGCUGUGAAAUAAUGCAAGUGUUGGACUCUCUGCAUCGAGGGGACAGGGUAACAUACAUCUCAUCUACCUGUGAAUAUCACUCAAGUCCUUGGUCCCAAAUAAGGUGAGGAGCAUUCCUGCUAAUUAGCCACUGUUAGUGAACAAAGCACCUCCCAUGGAGGAGAAGGGCAGUUCCAGAGGGUAAGGGGAAUUGAUUCAAUUUCUUUUUAGACUUCCACUUUCCCCAGCAUAUUGAUGGAGGAGUUCUUGUACUGUUAAAGACCACACAUUGCAUCCAAGUCUUCCCCUGUACAGACAACUACAGCUUAGGGAACACAAACUGUACUGAAAAUAGGAGAAUGCCAAUAUCAGUGAGGCUCUUGAAAGGCUUAUCAUAGCCCAUCCAAAACAUCAUUAGAAAGUAACAUGUUUGUUUAGAAAACUGGAAGAGAAACAUAGAGCCUAUAAAACUGGGCUAGAGAGUUUAAUUGUUCUGGGCCUUAGCUUAUGUUACGUUAUUACUUGUUUUUUUUUAUCCUCGUAGUCAAUAAUUGCAAAGGUGUCUUGGAUUACAGCAGUGUCACAAGCAGAGUGGUGAGUCUGAAAGGGGACAGAAGAAUAAUCCAAGAGAUUUAAAUUCCUGAGCUCCUUUCCACACUCUCUGGCCUUUGCAUGGUUGUCACAUCUCUCAGCCUGUUUGCCCAUCUAUAAAGGUGGGUGAUGGUUACCUACCUCACAGGGAUACUUUUGUGUACUGACUAGUGAACUUUAUACAUGUCAGAUUUUCCAUACAUGUUCUAAGUGUUACUACUUUGGGUACAAUAUGCUACCACAUAUGCCUUCUCCCUGUAUCUGUGAACUCUGCUUGUGGCCAGAAACCAACUUCUAGAAGGACCAGUAACAGAAACUGAGGAGGCUAAGACCACUGCUGAGCUUUAGUCUAGAGAUGGGUGACAUGACCUGCAGAUGCCAAGGCUCUUAAUGUAGCAGAGCAACCCAGAGUCCAAAGGAUGCCUGUCACUGAAAAUUGACAGUGUGGCUUGGUUUUUGGUUUGUUUGGGGUUUUUUUCCAAUUCUCAGUAUUAGCCUUUUGAGAGUGUUCUUGCAUUUUAAAUUCGAGUGUUAGAAAAAUGACAGUGAGAAACUUUGGCCAAAAUCACUUCUCAGUGGUACAAUCUCCUUCCUCCCUUGGGCUGGGAUUCUGAAAGGAAAGAAGACAGAUUCAAAUUAAGCUGUGUUCCUGACAUCUGUCUCUUGCCACCUUAUCACCUUUUUUUUCUAGAAACUUAAUGGCUGUGUAAGGAAAUUUCCCUGGGGUUAGGAUUUCUUACCAAGUCCUGCUUUGUGCAGCAUGUAUUUAUGGCUCAGGGGCACCUUGUCAAGAGAGUGUCACAUACUCAUUUUGAAUCACAACAUCUCAUGCUGUAAAUGUUACUUUGAUUAUUUCACCUCCUGUGAUGACUGUUCCUUGUGGGCUAAUGCUGUAUUCUGCAUUACUUAUGUCCUGUGGUGAAUACCUGGCAACAGAGCUGUCAGACCUCACUGCCUGUUGGGCACUGCAUGUGAGCGAUGGUAAUUCUACACCCAUGUUCCUUUGGAAAUGCCACUGCCAUUCUGCAUGUAGGUAUUUAUAUUAAAGGCACAUAAAAGUGCCAGGGUUGCUAGCCAUUGACCUUCUUUGGCACACUGUUCCUCGCCAUCCACAACUCCACUGUUAGCAUCUGAAGUCCUUUGUUAAACAUGCCACAGUAAAAAAAGUCUCUUGUAUGAAUUACACAUUGAGGGCAUCUGAGGGAAGUUGUGGGUUUGGGGGCUGGAGAUGAGACUAAAGGAAAAAAUCUUUUAAGAGGAAGAAGGAGGUACUGUCCCAUGUGCAGUUGAGAGUGAACUGUGCUGAGCAAGUUCAGUGGCCAGUGGCUAGUUCAGUAGUUAGUUCAGUGUCCCUGCUCUCUUGGGCUAGAGUGGUGGUGAAUGGGUGUGAGCAAAGGUAAUGGAGGAUCUUUGUUAGUUUGUGUUGCCUCCAGAUACAGAGAGAAUGCCAAAGGAGCUCUCAAGUCCUGUGAUAGGCAUUUCAUAAUGAAUUCAAAGGACCAGUCCCUAGGCAGCUUACUGCUGCAAGGUUUGUUUCUAGAAAUACUGUACUUCCCAGAAUAGAGAUGGUUAUUUCUGUAGGAGUGGCAGAUGUGGCCUAGUUCAACACAGUAAUUUAUCCUGGGAUGGUCUGUCUGCAGCUUUCAGCCAUUGUGGGUGGCUGUAGAGUGACUGCAAUCAUGCCUGGACAGCUGUGCAGUCACAGGUGUGCCCAGGAGGAGCAGGAGGAGACCAGGAGCUCUGAUGUGGCUGUGAAGAGGAGGGAUGGAAAUGGGGGAAUCCAGACUGUUCCAGAUGCCGGUUGAGAUUGCUGUCAGUCUCACUCAGAUUCUUGUAUUUAUUUCUGUAGCCUCGGAACAUGGAUUUGAAUAUAUUCCUAGGCCUGAGAUUUGGGGGAGGGAAGUGGGGGAAGCAGUGGAUUGAGAGAUGCUCUAACAAAACUGGUUAGUUAAUGUUGUCCUAAUAUUGUUGACAAUUCUGUAAAGUUUCUUUUUAUGAAGAUUUGUUUUAGAAGUUUACUUUUUUUUUGACUCCUCCUUUUUAAAGACAAAAUGUGACACUUGUGAAAAGCUUGUAAGAAAAGCAGUUUCCUUUUUCCUUGAUGAUAGAUCCCGUAGUUCAUUAAGGUUGUGAAUUUUUAUUUUCCUGCCUUGUUUUUAAUUAACAUUUGUCAUUCAGAAUAGGAUGUGUGAAAAUGUUUAAACGGCAAAGAUUUUUUUUUUUGGUGCAAUUAACAAAGCUACUGGCAAAAAGAAUAAAACCUUUCUUGGUAA